CAGAAUCUUUAGUCAAUAUACAAAAGGCCACACGAAUGGGUUGAGCUUACUGAAGAUUACUGUUUGUGGCCCAGGAAAUGCCUCUCUCGCCACUCAUCCAGUUUUAUAUUCUCCUGUAAAAUAAGCAUGUCAUGAGAAGUUCCCUGAGGAACUUUGAAGACAAGUGUAUGAGAGCUCUGGAGCCCCAUCCCCCUGCCCUGAGCAUAGUCGCCAAAAGGACUUUCCACUUAGUUUACUCUAUGCUUGCUUUUGAGCCUGCGGCAAAAAAUUCUACCUUCUGAGCGACUGUGGGUGGAGGGAGGGCCUGAGAUGACAUCAAAUCACAGUCCUUCCUCCUCCCCUCAGGAAGUAAAGUCCACUAGCAGGAGGGCCUAAAUCGUCUGAGCCCUCCUUGGCUCUUACAAUGCUUACUUGUUUUCACAGUGCAGUAAAAUGAAAUGCCUUAGAAAAAGAGUAACAUUCCAGAAAAUGGUGUAAUUUAUUUUUCUUCCUUAAUUGCCCGAUCUGUGGAGGAUUUCUUUGCUGAACACCACAUCAAAGGGAUCUUCUGCAUUUAAAAUAGAAGAGGCAUCAUGCUGAAGAGGGAGGGGAAGGCCCGACCUUACACUGAAACCCCGGAUGGAGGAUGGGGAUGGAUGAUUGUGGUUCAUUUUUUCCUGGUGAAUGUGUUUGUGAUGGGGAUGACCAAGACUUUUGCAAUUUUCUUUGUGGUCUUUCAAGAAGAGUUUGAAGGCACCUCAGAGCAAAUUGGUUGGAUUGGAUCCAUCAUGUCAUCUCUUCGUUUUUGUGCAGGUCCCCUGGUUGCUAUUAUUUGUGACAUACUUGGAGAGAAAACUACCUCCAUUCUUGGGGCUUUCCUUGUUACUGGUGGAUAUCUGAUCAGCAGCUGGGCCACAAGUGUUCCUUUUCUUUGUGUGACUAUGGGACUUCUACCUGGUUUGGGUUCUGCUUUCUUAUACCAAGUAGCUGCUGUGGUAACUACCAAAUACUUCAAAAAACGAUUGGCUCUUUCUACAGCUAUUGCCCGUUCUGGGAUGGGACUGACUUUUCUGUUGGCACCCUUUACAAAAUUCCUUAUAGAUCUGUAUGACUGGACAGGUGCCCUUACAUUAUUUGGAGCUAUUGCACUGAAUUUGGUGCCUUCUAGUAUGCUCUUAAGACCCAUCCAUAUCAAAACUGAGAAUUCUGGUAUUAAAGAUAAAGGCAGCAGUUUGUCUGCACGUGGUCCAGAGGCAUGUGCAACAGAAACACACUGUGAUGAGACAGAAGAGUCUACCAUCAAGGACAGUACUACGCAGAAGGCUGGACUACCUAGCAAAAAUUUAAUAGUCUCACAAAAUCAAAGUGAAGAGUUCUACAAUGGGCCUAACAGGAACAGACUGUUAUUAAAAAGUAAUGAAGAAAGUGAUAAGGUUAUCUCGUGGAGCUGCAAACAACUCUUUGAUAUUUCUCUCUUUAGAAAUCCUUUCUUCUACAUAUUUACUUGGUCUUUUCUCCUCAGUCAGUUAGCAUACUUCAUCCCUACCUUUCACCUGGUAGCCAGAGCCAAAACACUGGGGAUUGACAUCAUGGAUGCCUCUUACCUCGUUUCCGUAGCAGGUAUCCUCGAGACGGUCAGUCAGAUUAUUUCUGGAUGGGUUGCUGAUCAAAACUGGAUUAAGAAGUAUCAUUACCACAAGUCUUACCUCAUCCUCUGCGGCAUCACUAACCUGCUUGCUCCUUUAGCCACCACAUUUCCACUACUUAUGACCUACACCAUCUGCUUUGCCAUCUUUGCUGGUGGUUACCUGGCAUUGAUACUGCCUGUACUGGUUGAUCUGUGUAGGAAUUCUACAGUAAACAGGUUUUUGGGACUUGCCAGCUUCUUUGCUGGGAUGGCUGUCCUUUCUGGACCACCUAUAGCAGGCUGGUUAUAUGAUUAUACCCAGACAUACAAUGGCUCUUUCUACUUCUCUGGCAUAUGCUAUCUCCUCUCUUCAGUUUCCUUUUUUUUUGUACCAUUGGCCGAAAGACGGACAAACAGUCUGACCUGAAAGAAAGAAGACUGCAAUCAAGCGAGAGCUUAACGAAAGAAAACCUAAACUAGUAUGUCACUGGAAACAAAAGCUUGAAAGAAAGGCAUCUACAUUUGUAACAUGAGAAGGUAAACAAGAAUUUUUUUUUUUUUUUUUUUGAGACGGCGUCUCACCCAAGCUGGAGUGCAGUGGCGGAAUCUCGGCUCACUGCAACCUCCCCCUCGCAGAUUCAAGCGAUUCUGCCUCAGCCUCCCAAGUAGCUGGGACUACAGGCACAUGCCAUCACACCCAGCUAAUUUUUUGUAUUUUUAGUAGAGACAAGGUUUCACCAUGUUAGCCAGGAUGGUCUCCAUCUCCUGACCUCCUGAUCCGCCCGCCUUGACCUCCGAAGUGCUGGGAUUACAGGCAUGAGUCACGGGGCGCUGCCAACCAGAUAAGUUUUUAAGGUUCCUUCUUGCUUUAGCAUUCUGAGAAAUGUCUAAUUGGUAGCAAGACAAGAGUAAUAGCAGCCUGUAUUGUUAGUAUUUAAUCAAAUAGUCUGAAAUUUUAAUCAGGUAUCUUAUAUAUUAAAUAGAAAUCGGAAUGUACCAUAAUAAAUCCAAACUCUCAAUUACGCCAUGGUAAUUCAGUCACUAAAAUAUGUAAAGAUAGAACAUUUUUUCUUAAUUUACAGAAGUGCGAAAAAUAACCUUUGAUUGAUCAGAACCCUAGAAUCUGAAUAUUAAAACCUUACGUAGUGACUGGAAUGGUAUAUACUCCCUCCAAAAGUUUAUCUUUGUUUAUUGAUUAAAGGUAAUCCUUACUUUCUUUGUAUUACUUAGGUUCUUAAUUAAAGGUAAUCCUUACUUUCUUUGUAUUACUUAGGUUCUUAAAUUUCUAUGAUAAGUAUGUAUUGCUAAAUAAUAAACAGUAUAUAAAAAUUGCUU